CCACUUGCAGUUUCGAGAUCUGCGCCACCCCCUCUCUUUCCCCUUCUUCCAGACCCUUCCUCCCACCUGACCACCACCUCCCACGCGGCCGGCGGCGGCAGCGACUCCCACUCCUCCCCCGCAGCUGCGGCGAAGCGGCUUCCCCGAUCAUCAGGGGUGCGGGAUGCGGAAGAAGGGUAGGGCUGUGCCGGAGUGGCUCAACAGCCCGAUUUGGUCCGCGUCCUCGCCGGCGCCGACACCGGCGGACCCCUACGGCGCCGACCUCGCCCCGCCGCCGCCCCCCAAGCCCCCGCCGCCCCCCGCGUCGGACACGCCCGUGCCGCCGCCGCCGUCCUACGAGCAGGCGGUUCGGGGGCGCGGGCGAGGGGACGACGACGAGGAGGGCGGCGCCGGGGCGGCGGCUCUGCGGGCGCACCUGCUCGCGGACUUCAAGGCCGCGCUGUCGAAGAAGGUGGUGAAUAUGGGGGAACUGCGGCGGCUGGCCUGCCUCGGUGUGCCCGACGGCGGCGCGGGCGUGCGACCGGUCGUGUGGAAGCUUCUCUUAGGGUAUUUGCCAACUGAUCGUGGUUUAUGGCCCUAUGAGUUAGAAAAGAAGCGGAGCCAAUAUAGUGCGUACAAAGAAGAGUUUCUUCUAAAUCCUUCAGAAAAACUACGGAGAAUCGAGGAAUCAAAGCUGUCAAGAAAGAAAGAACUAAAUAUUGAGAGGACUGGCUUGCUUCCGAGAUUGGAGGUUACUAAUGAAGAACAUCCUUUAAGCUCUGGUAAAUCUAGCUUAUGGAACCAAUAUUUUCAGGAGUCAGAGAUAUUAGAACAAAUAGAUCGAGAUGUAAAGCGAACACAUCCGGACAUGCCAUUUUUCUCUGCCAAGUCGAACCAGGAAUCUCUGAGGCGUAUUCUGAUUAUCUUUUCAAAAUUGAACCCAAGCAUAAGAUACGUGCAAGGAAUGAAUGAAGUUUUAGCACCUCUAUUCUACGUAUUCAAGAAUGACCCUGACCCAAGCAGCUCAGCUUCAGCUGAAGCAGACACAUACUUUUGCUUUGUUGAAUUGUUGAGUGGCUUUAGAGACAAUUAUUGCAAGCAUCUUGACAAUAGCAGUGUGGGUAUUCGAUCUACACUGUCAAAGCUGUCCCAACUCUUGAAGCGACAUGAUGAAGAGCUAUGGCGUCACAUGGAGGUUACUACUAAGGUGUACCCACAAUAUUAUGCAUUUAGAUGGAUCACAUUGCUGUUGACGAUGGAGUUCAGAUUCAAUGUAUGUAUACAUAUUUGGGAUGCUAUCUUGGGCGAUCCGGAAGGCCCACCGGACACACUGAUGAGGAUAUGCUGUGCCAUGCUCAUCCUAGUCCGGAAGCGGCUGUUGGCUGGGGACUUCACUGCCAAUAUCCAGUUGCUGCAGCAUUACCCAGCUACUAACAUCGAUCACCUCCUCCACAUCGCCAACCGAUUGAGAGGGACAGUUGCCAGCUAGUGGUUCAUUGUCUUUCCUGCAUACCUGUAUUUCAAUUUUGUCCAUGUUGGUAGCUUGAACAUAUCGGUGUUCCUAGAGUGGCGUUUGACAUUGCCUUUGUGUUCUGUUUCGCCCUUUUUGGUGUGGCUGAAGAUCAGAAGAUGAGACACUAAAGGUGUCAGAGCUCUGAGUAGCGCUUAUGUUUUUUUUAUA